AUGAGUUGUACAAUCGAGAACGUUCUGGCCGAUGCAAAAUCCCUGGUGGAACGGUUACGGGAACAUGACAGCGCGGCGGAGUGCCUUAUCGAGCAGACAACGGUGCUCAACAAGCGAGUGGAGGCCAUGAAACAGUACCAGGAGGAAAUUCAGGAACUGAACGAGGUGGCGAGACAUCGGCCGCGGUCUACACUAGUGCUGGGAAUCCAGCAGGAGAAUCGGCAGAUCCGGGAGCUUCAGCAGGAAAACAAAGAGCUCCGCACUUCCCUGGAGGAACACCAGUCAGCGCUGGAGCUGAUUAUGAGCAAAUACCGAGAGCAAAUGUUCCGAUUAUUGAUGGCGAGCAAGAAGGACGACCCCAGCGUUCUGGUCAAACUGAAGGAGCAGCAUUCCAAGGACUUGCAGACCCAUGUGGAAAAAAUCACCGAGAUGACGGCAGUGAUGAAGCGAGCGAUUGAAAUCGAUGAACAAUGUGGCGGCCAGGAAUCCGACAGGAUCCUAAAACUCGAGCAGGAGAACAAAGGUUUACGUGAGAUCCUCCAGAUCACACGGGAAUCCUUCCUGAAUCUCAGAAAGGAUGAAUCUCCGGAAAGCUCCUCCCUUUCAGCCCUCGUCAACAGCACGGACCACAAUUUACGGAAAAGCUGA